AAAUGCCCUCUGGUCACUGUACCAUCAAGUUCCUCCACUCAACUGUCUCAAACCAGAUUAGACAUAAGAUGAACAAGCUGUUUCUCCUGAGUUUUUCUCUUCUCUGCCUCUUAAACUAUGGAGAACCAGAGUUCUUUAUGGACAAAGAAGAGAAUUUCCUGCUGUGUGCUGUCUGUGAAAGAUUUAGAAGAGGCGUCUGUUACGAGGGUAACAAUUUCUGUAUUUCAAAGAGCGAAAAAGGAUGCAGAAGUCAGUCUUACUAUAGCUACUCAGAAAAUGGGGGGGAAUAUACACAUUCUGUACUGGACUGUGCUGAAAUCUGUGGGAAGUCUAUACAGAGAUACCCUGGAAAAUAUGUGUUGAAUCGUUGCUGCGGAGAAAACAACUGCAACAAAAAAAUUUCACUUGCAUGACUAUUUAGUAGAUGUAACAAUACUCUCUACUCUCUUCUACAGCAGUAAUAACUGUUGUCCCCUCUUUCCCUCCAUAUCCCAGCAUGCUAUUCCCUCACCCAUCAGACAUUCCUGGCAACAUGUAGACUUGCUCUUACUUAGUCCCAGGGCGGUCUUUGUGAUCAAGGGUCAGAUGUGUGUGUAUAUGUGUAUGUGUGUAAAUCUUUAAUUAAAUGGAAAAUCUCUAAAA